AUGAAACCAGGAAACCACACAUUGAGUGCUUCUGAAUUCCUCCUCCUGGGCCUGUCUGAGCAGCAGGAACAGCAGCCUCUCCUCUUCGGCAUUUUCUUCAGCAUGUACCUGCUCACCUUGCUGGGAAACAUUGUCAUCAUAUUGGCCAUUGUCUCUGAUCCACACCUCCACACCCCCAUGUACUUCUUCCUGGGCAACUUCUCCCUCACUGACCUGUGUUUAGCAUCUACCACAGUCCCCAGGAUGCUGGUGAACAUCCAGGCCCAUAGGAAUACCGUCACCUUCGCUGGAUGCCUGUCUCAGGUCUACUUCUUCCUAUGGUUCAUUGGUCUAGAUGUGUUCCUCCUGGCAGUGAUGGCAUAUGACCGGCUUGUGGCUAUCUGCCAUCCCCUUCGCUACACCUUGGUCAUGACUCCCAGAUGCUGUACCCUGCUGUUGGUCAUGUCCCUAAUCCUCACUCAGUCAUACUCUCUGACCCACACCAGUCUCCUGGCUCAGUUAUCCUUCUGCACUGACAACAUCAUUCCCCACUUCUUCUGUGAACUUCUCCCCCUGUUGAAGCUCUCUUGUUUCAAUACUUAUGCCAACCAGUGUGUGCUGAUGUACUGGGGAGGGGCAUUGACCAUCUUGAUCCCCUUGCUAAUUAUCAUCUCUUAUGUCCGCAUCGUGGCUGCUAUUGUGAGAGUCCCAUCAGCUAGUGGGAAGUGGAAGGCCUUCUCCACCUGCGGCUCCCAUCUCUCAGCAGUUUGCUUGUUCUAUGUGUCUGCUAUUGGGGUGUACUUCAUUCCCUCCUCUGCUGAUUCAGCCAGCAAGGACAGGAUUGCAGCAGUGAUGUAUGCCGUGGUGACUCCCAUGCUGAACCCAUUCAUCUAUAGUCUGAGAAACAAAGAUAUGAAAAGUGCCUUGGGGAGACUUCUGAGCGGAAGGAUACUGAAGACAAUGGUGAGGUGGAACCCACAGGUGGAAAGUGCCUUCUGCCUUCCAGAGGCAGAUGAGACCCUAAGAAUGGUGGAGAUGAUGUAUGCAUAUGAAAGAAUGACCAGGAAGAGAAGACCAAUGUUCACCAGCAUCUUGGGGACUGUGGUGGAAGAAGAGCAGGCAUCAGCAAAAGAGAGGUUGGCCAGGAAGAAAUACAUGGGGGAAGAAAUUGGCCAAUUAACCAACAAUGGCUCCUCCUUUAUUCUGAAGAGAAGCAGAGAAUUUGGCAACAGUCUGGAGGAAGUGUUUGAACUCACCAACGAUGAGCACAGGUCAGAAGGAGCUGGAAAGCUGCACUUGGCGAUGGAUCUGCCUAUGUACUUGUGGUGGUAUUUCUCCCAAUGGGGCAAGGGGCAUCACAGCUGUGAUGAGAGCUCAGCAUUAGAGUACAGCAUGAGGCCUGAGAACCAGAGCAGCGAGUUCCUCCUCCUGGGGCUCCCCAUCCGGCCAGAGCAGCAGGGCGUGUUCUUCGCCCUGUUCCUGGGCAUGUACCUGACCACGGUGCUGGGGAACCUGCUCAUCAUCCUGCUCAUCAGGCUGGACUCUCGCCUCCACACCCCCAUGUACUUCUUCCUCAGCCACUUGGCCUUCUCUGACAUUUCCCUUUCAUCUGUCACAGUUCCAAAGAUGCUCAUGAAUAUGCAGACUCAGCAACAUUCCAUCCCCUAUGUGGGGUGCAUUUCACAGGUGUAUUUCUUUAUAUUUUUUGGUUGCCUUGACAGCUUUCUUCUCACAGUGAUGGCAUAUGACAGGUAUGUGGCCAUCUGUCACCCUCUCCACUACACCACCACCAUGAGGGAGGAGCUUUGUAUCAUCCUAGUGGCUGGAUCCUGGUUCUUCUCUUGUGUCCAAGCUCUUUUGCACACCCUCCUCGUGGACCAGUUGUCCUUCUGUGCAGGCACUGUCAUCCCACACUUCUUUUGUGAUCUUGCUGUUAUGCUCAAGUCUUCCUGCUCAGACACCUCCCUCAAUGAGCUGCUUAUCCUCACUGAAGGAGGAUUGAUCUUCAUUCUGCCAUUGAGUGGUAUCUUGGGCUCAUAUAUCCACAUGGCAGGGAUCAUUCUAAAGGUCCCCUCUUUCAAAAGAUUCUCCAAAGCCUUGUCUACAUGUGGCUCCCACCUCUUUGUGGUGUGUUUAUACUAUGGGACAAUUGCAGGGGUUUACUUUUUAUCUUCAUCAGGCAACUCCAAAGACAAGGACAUAAUUGCUUCUGUGAUGUACAUGGUGGUCACCCCUAUGCUGAACCCCUUCAUCUACAGCCUGAGGAACAGGGACAUGAAACAUGCUCUUCAAAAAAUUUGCACUCGUUGGGCUAUAAACAUAUCUCUUUUAAAAGUUGUGACUUGGGUACCCCAAUGUUCAUAG